CAACAUAGCCGGUUUUCUCUCCUCUGUUUCUUCUUCUACCUCUCUUUUCUUCAAAUAAGAAUAACAACUUCUUUAAGAUAUACCAUUUUCUCUUCUUCUUCUUAGGGGAGAAGAAUUAUGAAUUAUGAUUGAACCUCAAAUGUAAACCUUCAUAGAAUAUGUUCUAAUUCUUCUAAAUUCCUUUUCAUUUGCUUCAUAGCAAAUUCUUCAAAUUUAUUCAUUUUGUGUUUAACACAACAUCUCCAAAUAUACCAUGGAAGGUGAAAGUGUUGUACAAGUUCAAGAAAAUGGAGAAAAAGAAGAAAUGAAGAGACAAGAAGCAGAAAAGGAACAAGAAGAAGUAGAAGUAAAAGUAGAAAUAGAAAUCUUGGAGGGUAAAGAAGAAAAUGGAGAAAAGGACAAAAAAACCAAAGACGAUCAGUCAUCACCAAGGGCAGUUUUGGAAAUUCAUAUUUCAGGUACAUCGGAUUCCGACAACAGCAGCAUUAGCAGCGGGGAAAGGAGCAGUAGUUUCGGGUCAUCUCCGUCUCCCGGCGGCGAGAAAACGGCAGUUUCCGGCGGCGGAGAUGGCGGAGGUGGAGGCGGAGAGGAGGCGGAGCAAGGAUUGAGUUUUAAGAAUUUUUUUGAUCAAAUGAAGAAAAAGUCUAUAAGAAGAUUAUCGACUAUACAAUUAUUUGGAGGAUAUGAAAAUUUACUACCAAAGAAAAAUAUUAAGAGGAAAUUACUGGCUAGAAUUCGAAGUGCAGAAGAAGAUAGAAUUGAUUGUCAUGAUUUUGUUGUGCCUAAGCCUUCUUGGAGGAAUUUUAGCUUUGAUGAACUUGCUAAAGCUACUGAUAAUUUCACUCCAGAUAACUUGAUUGGCAAAGGAGGACAUGCAGAAGUGUACAAAGGACAUUUACCUGAUGGUCAAGUUGUAGCAGUCAAGAAAAUAACAAAGAAAGAAAAGAAUGAUGAGGACAGAGUUGGAGACUUCUUAUCCGAGUUAGGAAUCAUUGCUCAUAUCAACAAUCCUAAUGCUGUUAAGUUAAUUGGUUUCAGUGUUGAUGGUGGUCUGCAUCUUGUUCUUCAAUACUUGCAACAUGGCAGCCUUGCUUCUGUACUACACGGUAGAGAAGAGUGCCUUGAAUGGAAAAUAAGAUAUAAAGUGGCAGUUGGGGUAGCUGAAGGAUUGCGUUAUCUUCAUUCUGAUUGCCAAAGGCGCAUAAUUCAUAGAGAUAUUACAGCCUCUAACAUUCUACUUACUGAAGAUUACGAACCUCAGAUAUCUGAUUUUGGACUUGCAAAGUGGUUGCCAGAAAAAUGGGCUCAUCAUAUUGUUUCCCCAAUUGAAGGAACUUUUGGAUAUAUGGCACCAGAGUACUUUAUGCAUGGAAUUGUUCAUGAGAAGACCGAUGUUUUUGCCUUUGGAGUUCUGCUGUUGGAGCUUAUUACUGGCCGUCGUGCUGUUGAUUCAUCCAGACAGAGUCUUGUGAUGUGGGCAAAACCAAUGCUGGAAAAGAACAAUAUCAAGGAAUUAGCAGAUCCUCGACUAGGUGAUGCCUAUGAUGUUGUUGAGAUGAAACGAGCUAUGUUUGCAGCUUCUACAUGCAUUCACCACUUACCAAACAUGCGUCCUAAUAUGAAACGGGCUGUUCAGCUGUUGAAAGGCGAGAACGAACCAAUAGACAUGAAGCAGAAAUCAACGGGAGGAAGAUCAUUGAUGCUGGAUGCUUGUGAUUUAGACGAUUACAGUAACACAACUUAUCUCAAAGAUCUCAAUCGUCAUAUGCAGCUCGUUAUGGAGUAAUCUUUUGAUCUUAUCAUCAAGUCUCACUGAUCCUUGUUCUGCAUCUGCUACUGUUAGUUAUUCGUACUUGUUCUCAAUUUGUACAUAAAUCUUGUAAAACCAAGAGGUCAAUCCAGUCACAUAUUCCACUAGCUGUUUUUUGGGUUGAAAGUUUUCGAUAUGCUGUCCAUCUUAACACUGAGAAGCAGCGUCGCAAACAUCUAAGUUUAUCUUCUAAUGUGUCUCCAUAUUUAGAUGUAAACUGAUGCAGCAAAAAGCAAGUAAUUAUACUGCAUUAAGUCAGUUUUCACUCAUCAAAAUGAUUGAAAGAGCUUAUUUCAUUUUGGUUUUGUAUUAUUAUUGGAUUUGGUUGCACUGA